AUGGAUGUUACAUUUGUUUAUAGAUACGAUCCAAAAAGACCAUAUCUAAGUAAUUGGUCAAAAAUAUUUAAUUCACUAAACUAUGUAGUUUAUAUGGGAGUUGUCAUCAUAUUCUUUUUAAAUCUAUUCAAAUCAACUUGUGAAUGUAAAUAUGAAUCGAUAAAAGGUCAAAAAGAUGGUGAUGUUAAAAACAAAUCAGAAGCUGUUGGACAACCUUAUCUUUAUAUAAUGAUUGCUUUUACUUGUUUUUCAGGAUUUACAAGUUUAAUUUUUAAUAUGUUGUUUCCACCAAAUACAUCGGUUACUAGAAGUACUACAUCCGAGUAUGCUGGUACUGCCUAUACCAAUGAUGGAAUACCAAUGGAUGUCCAUAAAGUAACGACUACGACAACUCAUAGUGUAGGUCCCCUUCAAUCACUUUCAACCAAACUUACCAAACAAAAUAUUUCAAAUCUUGCCUUAUACCUUGUCGUCAUUGUUCCAUUAAUCAUUAUCAUCUAUAUCAUGUACUUUAAUGCAAAUGCAGGUUGUAAAGAUUGUUGUCUAUUUAAUCUUUAUGAUGAUAGAAAGUGUGAUAUUGAGAAUUCAAAGUUCCUAGUUUCAAGUGAUGCUUGGAAAUAG